CGGGGUCCCGUGGUGGAGGCGGGGAGAGGGGAGGACCGGACCGAGCACCAACCCCCGUCAGCCCCGUACCAGGAAGCGCUAGGGGGAGAAGAGCCGAGUUGAAGCACAAGCCAGAAUGGUGACACCUUCACUGAAGCUUCAAGAUCUAAUCGAGGAGAUUCGUGGGGCCAAGACCCAGGCCCAGGAGAGGGAGGUGAUCCAAAAGGAGUGUGCCCACAUCCGAGCCUCCUUCCGCCAUGGGGAUCCUCUGUACAGGCACCGCCAGCUGGCCAAACUGCUCUACGUCCACAUGUUGGGCUACCCCGCCCACUUUGGACAGAUGGAGUGCCUGAAACUGAUCGGCUCCCCCAGAUUCACAGACAAGAGGGUGGGCUACCUGGGUGCCAUGCUUCUACUGGAUGAGAGGCAGGAUGCCCACCUGCUCAUUACCAACAGCAUCAAGAAUGACCUGAACCAAGGGAUUCAGGCAGUUCAAGGCCUGGCCCUAUGCACUCUGAGCGCCAUGGGCUCUGCUGAGAUGUGCCGGGACCUGGCCACUGAGGUGGAGAAACUGCUUUUGCAGCCCAGCCCCUAUGUACGCAAGAAGGCUGUUCUGACUGCAGUGCACAUGAUCCGGAAGGUCCCUGAGCUCUCCAACAUCUUCCUCCCACCCUGUGUCCACCUGCUUCAUGAACGCCACCAUGGCAUCCUGCUGGGCACCAUCACAUUGAUCACAGAGCUCUGUGAACGAAGUCCUGCAGCCCUCAAGCACUUUCGAAAGGUGGUACCCCAACUGGUGCAGAUCCUCCAGACUCUGUUGAUGACAGGAUACUCCCCAGAGCAUAGCAUAUCUGGAGUCAGCGACCCCUUCCUGCAGGUCCAGAUCCUUCGUCUGCUUCGAAUUCUGGGCCGGAACCAUGAGGAGAGCAGUGAAAUCAUGAAUGACUUGCUGGCCCAGGUGGCCACUAACACAGACACCAGCCGAAACGCAGGCAAUGCGGUCCUGUUUGAGACAGUCCACACCAUCAUGGAUAUCCGCUCUGCUGCUGGCCUGCGGGUUCUAGCUGUCAACAUUCUUGGCCGCUUCCUGCUCAACAGUGACAAGAACAUUAGGUACGUAGCCCUGACAUCAUUGCUGCGGCUGGUGCAGUCUGACCACAGUGCUGUCCAGCGGCACCGGCCCACCGUGAUAGAAUGUCUGCGGGAACCUGAUGUCUCCCUCAGCCGGCGAGCCCUGGAACUCAGCUUGGCUCUGGUGAAUAGCUCCAACGUGCGAGCCAUGACACACGAGCUGCAGGGCUUUCUGGAGUCCUGCCCUGCUGAUCUGCGGGCUGACUGUGCCUCAGGCAUCCUGUUGGCAGCAGAGAGGUUUGCCCCAACCAGGCGGUGGCACAUAGACACUAUCCUGCGCGUGCUGACAACGGCGGGCACCCACGUGCGGGAUGACGCGGUGGCCAACCUGACUCAGCUGAUCAGUGGUGCCCAGGAGCUACAUGCCUACUCUGUGCGCUGCCUCUACAGCGCCCUGGCAGAGGACAUCUCCCAGCAACCACUGGUGCAAGUGGCAGCCUGGUGCAUCGGGGAGUUCGGGGACCUCCUACUGGAGGGUAGCUGUGAGGAAAUGGAGCCUCUUCAGGUGGAGGAAGAAGAGGUGCUAGCCCUGCUGGAGAGGGUACUGCAGUCCCACAUGUCCCUGCCAGCCACCCGAGGAUAUGCCCUCACAGCCCUCAUGAAGCUCAGCACCCGGCUCCGUGGGGACAGCAACCGCAUCCGCCAGGUGGUGUCCAUCUAUGGGAGCUGCAUGGACCUGGAGCUGCAGCAGCGGGCCGUAGNCCUCUCAUCCUUUGCAGACCUCUUUCUGAUCCUCUGA